CUGGGGAGGGGGAAGGAAGGCGGAGGGAACCAUGCGAGGUUCCGAGAUCAGCGGCUGGGGUCGCCUCGACAGACCGUUUCUGAGCCAGGAAUUCUGAAAUCCCCAACACUUCCUCCCUCUGGGGGAUUUGAUCCCCCAUGGCCACCGCUAACAGCAUCAUCGUGCUGGAUGAUGAUGAAGAAGAUGAAGCAGCUGCUCAGCCAGGACCCUCCAACCCAUCCCCCAAUCCAGCCUCACCUGGGUCAGAAGUCCCUGGCCUCUCUGACCUUCAAGGGGCUGGAGCAAGCAGUACUUCUGACGGCAAGAAAUGCUACAAGUUGGAGAAUGAGAAGCUGUUUGAAGAGUUCCUUGAACUGUGUAAGAUGCCCACGGCAGACCACCCGGAGGUGGUCCCAUUCCUCCAUAACCGGAAGCAGCGUGCCCACUCUUUGUUUUUGGCCUCAGCAGAGUUCUGCAACAUCCUCUCUCGGGUCCUUUCUCGGGCCCGGAGCCAACCAGCUAAGCUAUAUGUCUACAUCAAUGAGCUCUGCACUGUUCUCAAGGCCCACUCAGCCAAAAAGAAGCUGAAUCUGGCCCCUGCUGCCACCACUUCCAAUGAGCCCUCUGGGAGUAGUAACCCUCCCACAGACUCCUCCUUGGGCCCCACAAAUGCUGAAACCACUGCCUCUACGGCUUCAAGGACCCGUGGUUCCCGGAGGCAGAUCCAGCACUUGGAGCAGCUACUGGCACUUUAUGUGGCAGAGAUCCGGCGGCUGCAGGAAAAGGAAUUGGAUCUCUCAGAAUUGGAUGACCCAGACUCCACAUACCUGCAGGAGGCACGAUUGAAGCGUAAGCUGAUCCGCCUCUUUGGGUGUCUAUGUGAACUGAAAGAUUGCUCUUCACUAACUGGCCGUGUCAUAGAACAGCGCAUCCCCUACCGUGGCACCCGCUACCCAGAGGUUAAUAGGCGCAUUGAGCGUCUCAUCAACAAGCCGGAUGCCUUCCCUGACUAUGGAGAUGUGCUGCGGGCGGUUGAGAAGGCAGCUGCUCGUCACAGCCUUGGCCUUCCUCGACAGCAGCUCCAGGUUAUGGCUCAGGAUGCCUUCCGAGAUGUGGGCAUCAGGUUACAGGAGAGACGUCACCUGGAUCUCAUCUACAACUUUGGCUGCCACCUCACAGAUGACUGUAGGCCAGGUAUUGACCCUGCAUUAUCAGAUCCUGUGUUGGCCCGGCGCCUUCGGGAAAACCGGACUUUGGCCAUGAGCCGGCUGGAUGAGGUGAUCUCCAAAUAUGCAAUGAUGCAAGACAAAAAUGAGGAAGGUGAGAGAAAGAAGAGAAGAGCCCGGCUCCAAGGCACUUCUUCCUACUCUACUGAUCCCUCCAAGACCUCCUUGGAUUCUGGUGAGGGUCCUAGUGGAAUGGCAUCCCAGGAGUGCCCUACCACCUCCAGGCCUGAGACAGAUGAUGAAGAUGAUGAGGAAAGCGAUGAGGAAGAGGAAGAAGAGGAAGAGGCCACAGAUUCUGAAGAAGAGGAAUAUCUGGAACAGAUGCUGGAAGGUCGGGAUGAUGAAGAGGAGGAGGAAGAGGAGGAAGCAGGUAAGGAUGGAGACAGGAGCCCCAUGACCCUACCACAGAUCUCCACUGAAAAGAACCUGGAACCUGGCAAAGGGAUCAGCAGGUCUUCGGGGGAGCAGCAAAAUGAAGGACUCAUGGUGUCACCAUCAUUAGUGUUGAAAGAACCCCUGGCCCCCUUCAGCAUAGAUGCUGAAAGCAAUGGAAAACAGUCUGAGGAGUUGCCCAUGGAGGAAGAGAGCCCUAUAUCUCAGCUCUUUGAGCUAGAGAUCGAAGCAUUGCCCCUGGAUACCAACUCUUCUCCUGAGGAGACAGAUAUUUCCUCUUCCAGGAAGCAAUCAGAGGACCCCUUCACCACUGUCUUAGAGAAUGGGGCAGCUGUUGUCACCUCCACUUCUUUCAAUGGAGGUGUCUCUCCUCAUCCCUGGGGAGAUUCCAGUCCUCCUAGCAAGAAAUCUCGAAAGGAAAAGAAGCAAACAGGAUCAGGGCCAUUAGGAAACAGCUAUGUGGAAAGACAAAGGGCAAUGCACAUGAAGAAUGGGAAGAAGAUACAUAUCCAGCCCAGCCCACCAUCCCCUCUGGCUUCCAUGUCUCCGGUUGCUGAUUCCUCCACAAGGGUGGACUCUCCCAGCCAUAGUCUGGUGACCAGCUCCCUCUGCAGUCCUUCUCCAGUCUGGUUGUCCCAAAUCCCCCAGUCACAGCCUCCCCGGCCCAGUACUUACAAAAUGAGUGUGGCCACACAGUGCGAUCCAGAGGAGAUCAUCGUGCUCUCAGACUCUGAUUAGCUGCUUCCCCCUUUCUUCGCCUCCAAAAUGUUUUGGGAUAGCAUUGGAGGAUGGGGGGAAGCAAAUGACUGAGAAAGGGAUGAAUUGAGCUAAUCCCCUUUUGGUGGUAUUUCUUU